CUCAUUUGUUGUUUCCGCUUACGUAAUCCCAUGUUUUUGUCGCGUCUUAGGAAGCCCUCUGUUUUAGUUAGCGGAAUUCAAGCCUAACGCACUUGGAGCCACACCGGACAACGAUGGCGUCCGACUCCCCGCGCAGACCGAGUCGCUGUGCUGGAGGGGUUAUAGUUCGAGCCCAGGCUGCUACGGAGCAGUCUUACAUGGAAAGUGUAGUGACAUUUUUGCAAGAUGUGGUCCCUCAGGCCUACACUGGGACACCUCCAACAGACGAAAAAGAAAAGAUCAUUUGGGUUCGUUUUGAAAAAGCAGACAUCAAUGAUGUGGCCCGCUCACCAGAGUUCUUGGAGAUGCACGGCAGCGGUGUGGACCCACCUCUUUGUCUGAUGAUUGGCUAUGCAGACGGAAUGCAAAUCUGGAGUGUAUCACUGACUGGAGAAGCUCAGGAGCUCUUCUCUGUGCGGCACGGUCCAGUGCGAGUUGCUCGUAUCCUCCCAGCCCCUCAAAUCAGUCCCCUGAACACUGACAGCUUUGCAGAGAAGCGGCCCCUCCUCGGCGUUUGCAAGAGCGCAGGCUCCUCGGGGACCAGCCCUCCAUACUGCUGUGUGGACCUGUAUUCUCUAAGGACAGGAGAAAUGGUCAAGUCAAUUCAGUUUAAAACACCUAUUUAUGAUUUACACUGCAACAAAAGGAUUCUUGUCGUCAGUCUUCAAGAAAAGAUUGCCGCCUUUGACAGCUGCACUUUUACGAAAAAAUUCUUUGUCACAAGCUGCUAUCCGUGUCCUGGUCCUAACCUCAACCCCAUAGCAUUAGGAAGCCGAUGGCUGGCUUAUGCAGAAAACAAGCUGAUCCGGUGUCAUCAGUCCCGUGGCGGGGCAUGUGGAGAUAACUCCCAGUCCUACACUGCUACAGUCAUCAGUGCUGCAAAAACACUAAAGACAGGGCUGACGAUGGUGGGUAAAGUGGUCACCCAGCUUACGGGCACACUGCCCUCUGGAGCUCCCGAUGAAGAGGGCACAGCUCACAGCAGCACUCGCCGCAGCCCUCACCAACCCGGCGUGAUUACUGUCAUAGACACACACACUGUGGGAGAGGGACAGGUGCUUGUGAGUGAAGACUCUGAUGGAGAGGGAGUGGUCGCUCAUUUUCCAGCUCAUGACAAACCCAUAUCCUGUAUGGCGUUCAACCCGAGCGGUAUGCUGCUGGUGACUGCCGACAUAUUAGGGCAUGAUUUUCACGUGUUUCAAAUCCUCACUCACCCGUGGGCAUCGUCUCAGAGCGCGGUUCAUCACCUGUACACCCUGCACAGAGGAGAAACUGAGGCUAAGGUGCAGGAUAUCUGCUUCAGUCCUGACUGCCGCUGGGUGGUGGUCAGCACGCUGCGUGGCACUUCACACGUCUUCCCCAUAAACCCGUACGGCGGUGCACCGUGUGCCCGCACACACCUGUCCCCUCGCGUAGUGAAUCGCGUGAGCCGCUUUCAGAAGAGCGCCGGCCUCGAGGAGAUCGAGCAGGAGCUGAACAGCAAGCAGGGUGGCCGCUGCAGCCCCAUCGCCGGCCUCUCCAGCAGCCCAUCCGGCUCGCCUCUACACGCCAAACUGACCAACCAAGAGUCCUAUAACAACUUCACCAACAAUAACAUGGGGAAUCCACGGCUGUCCCCUCUGCCAAGCCUGACGGUGGUGCUGCCGCUGGCGCAGAUUAAACAACCCAUGACUCUGGGCACCAUUACCAAGCGCACAGGACCCUACCUCUUUGGGGCAGGAUGUUUUUCCAUUAAAACUCCAUGUAAAGCCAAGCCUCCACCCCAGAUCUCUCCUAGCAAGUCUAUUGGAGGGGAGUUCUGUGUAGCUGCUGUGUUUGCAUCUUCACGCUCUUGGUUCAUCACCAACCCUAACAUGAAGAGAGAAAAAGAUCAGUCUCGCCAGGCCGUGGUUGAUUCCCUCUACAUCGCAAGCUGCUAUGGUAAUCUGGUCGAGCAUGUGCUGGAGCCUCGGCCAAUCAGCACGGCGCAGAAGAUAGGUGAUGACACACCUCUGGAGUUAAACACCUGCCCCAGGGCAUGCUGGACUCUGGCCAGAACGCCGCAGUGGAACGAGCUGCAACCUCCUUUCAGCAGCAGCCACCCCUUGGUGCAGGCCUCAGACUUGGUGCAGUACUAUCAGUACCUCCUGGCUGGCUUGUUGCCUCCAGGAAGCCCGGGGCCCAUCACCAGACAGGGUUCCUAUGACAGCCUGGCCUCGGACCAUAGCAGCCAAGAGGAUGAAGAGUGGCUCUCUCAGGUGGAGAUAGUGACCCACACUGGCCCUCACAGGCGGUUGUGGAUGGGUCCUCAGUUCCAGUUUAAGACCAUUCACCCAUCAGGUCAGACUACAGUCAUCUCCUCCAGCUCAUCUGUGCUGCAGUCCCAGGGGCCCAGUGAUACCCAGCAACCUCUACUCGACUUUGAUACUGAUGACCUGGAACUGCACAGCCUCAGGAUCCAGCCUGUGCGCUCAGAGCCUAUGACCAUGCCCGGCUCCUCUUGCCUGAUUCCAGAGCGUGUAGGCCAUGCUACAGUCAUCGAUACCGGCUCAGGCACAUUUGACCACAGUGUGACCCUGCUGGAGGUGUGUGGCAGCUGGCCUGAGAGUUUUGGUUUGCGUCACAUGUCCUCUGUGGAUGCCACAGACGAGGGCUUGAGGGAGAGGCUUGCUGAAGCCAUGUCUGAGUCACCCAGCAGAGAUAUUGUGGGCUCUGGAACAGCGGAACUGCAGAGAGAAGGCAGUAUCGAGACGCUGAGUAACAGCUCGGGCUCCACAAGUGGCAGCAUUCCUCGUAACUUUGAAGGUUACCGCUCUCCUCUGCCGACCAACGAGAGCCAGCCGCUCAGCCUUUACCCCACAGCUUUCCCCUAGAGCAGCUUCUCCUCAACCUUUCCAUCCCAUCACAGGGAACUGCUCCUCUUCAUCCAUCCAGAUUUUGUUGUGUGCAAUGUUGACCUCUCCUUCCAUCUAAUUAACCGUCGAGCGAAAAGCGGCGAAAAUCCUUUCACAUCAGAGUGGAAACGGAGACGAGACCUGCAUGCAGGCUUUCAGGAAAUGUGCCACUUGAUUCUUAUUGUGUAACAAACGUGUUGUCUUAUGUGGUGAGAGAGAGAGAGAGAAAGAGAGAGAGAGAGAGAGAGGGAGGGAGUGAUUCAUCUCGUGUAAAGGCUGUCACAGCUGCCAUUUUGUCCCUCUCUCAAAUACAUGACGUUAAAUAGUUUUUAAAAAUUGUGUGCGAUAUAGACAUGUUUAUGCCAAUAUAUCAUGGGGCAUUGGAGUGUAUUCAUGCCAUAACUUCAUGUAUGAGCUUGUUAUUCAACAUGUUUAUGUCUUGAUUUCCUCUCAGUCAAAAGUUUGGACAUGUACGACUGAAUAUGUGUUUUAUGACAUUUCAAAAAAAUGACAUUUUAAUCAAUUUAUUUCUAUGGAAAUUUAAAUAGUGAAGUUAAAACCCAUGUCUAAUUGUUUUUCUGGAUCAAGAUGGAAAUUUAAGGAGUAGGGUUUUUUGUUUUUUUUUUUAAUUAUUAUUAUUAAAUAAUUUCUCCAACACAUGUAGAUUAUGUUUAGAACAAAUGCUCAGCCUAUUAGGACAUUUUGAGAAAGGUCUCCUGGGUGUUGCUUCUUCACGCUUCAUGAAGAUGCCAGAAGUGUGCAAAGCUUUGGACCGGUGUGAAAUAACACAAAUACGGAUUUUCAAAUGUAAGAAUGGAAUCUUAUACUACUUUUCCUGGUCACUGGAUAAUUCCAUGUAUGUUAUAUCAUUGUGCAUUAUUAGUAGCAGAAAAUUGUAAACCUGUAGAAAAUAUGUGUCCAAGCGUUUGACUGCUAGUGUCCAUUUAAGAGGAAGAUCAGGACUUAUGCAAACUUUCUUUGACUUGCUGAAGCCUAAUUUUGCAUUUGUAUUAUGUUUGUAUGUGUAUUAAUUAUAUUAUUUACAUGAAAUGUCAUUUUACAAUCAUACAAAAUCAUACAAACAUUACAUUUAUAUCUCAUAAGACAAAAAAAAAUACUUUUAAUCUAUUUUAGUAUUUUAUAUAAUUACAUGAGGGGAAGAAAUAUAACAAAAUGUUGUUUUCUUUUUUUCUUCUUAGUUUACCUACGUUUUACAUACAGUUUCUUUGUGUAUUUAAUUCUCUGUUCCUUUACGUCCAGGAAUGGAUUUUCUUUUCUUUCGUUUUUUUGCACCUUUUGAACUAAAGGCAGUGUAUGUGAGUGGCUAUGUUAGGGUGUGUGUGUUGUGUUGUUUGUCCUGUUAGCCUUUUAAAUGUAUUGAUUACUGCAGAGUUAAUUGUUUGCUAGUAAAUGAGCCACUAAGUGUUAGUUUCCUUUUCAGAUUUUUAGGAUACGCUUUGUGAAACAUCUCACAUCCUCAGCAUCUUUUUAGGUGUGUGAGGUCUGUGUGUAAUGUCGUGUUUAGAGAGAGUUAAUAACUGCGUAGCAAAUCUCCUUCUCUCUGAGCAAACGCACGCGUGCACACACAUCGUUUUGUGUCUUUAUGACUUUUCUAAAAGAGCUAUUCUCUUGAACUGGACUAGACAGGACAGGACAUGACAGGACAUAAAGAAACUCCAGUGAUAUUGAUGAAGGUUUUGCUGUAAUAGCUUUCAGCUCAGCUUGCGGCAUAAUGAAAGCUGUUAUGGUUGGACUGGACAGCGUAGUACAUGCAGCAACACUGAGGUGCAUGUGAUGUGAAGGGAUUGCUGGCCUCACUCGCUGAAUGAUUUACAAAGGUCAAUAUUGGCAUGACUAUAUUGCCAUGAAUGCAUUGCACAUGCUUUUUGUGAACUGUAAUAUGCUUUUGAACGACACUGAUUUAAUCCUGUUGAAUAUAAAUCCUUGCAAUUGAAAUGAUCUGUCAAAUGCACAUUGCUUUGUGUCUAUUUACUUUAAUAGAUGAACUGUUCGUUCUGACCAUUUAUGGUUGUGUGUCAAUACCCAGUACUGAGCUGGGACACCGAAGGAAGAGAGAAUAAAUAAAUAAUACAUAGAGGCUCAGCUAGAAACUAUGUAAUCAUUUACAGUUCAACUCAAUUGCUCUACUUAUAAAUGUAUUAUAACGUGUUCCAGUGUUUUCUUAAUUCCACAAACCUAAACAGGUGAAAAAUAGUUUUUUAGGGGUUUUUUUUGG